GUACGAGUAUCAUACUCGUACGGUCGCUGCGGUGUCGGUACGGCCCUCUCGCCUCUCGCCUCACGGACACACACUCCCCCUGCUAGCGGUGCUCUGCUAUACCGCAGAGUGCCGUACCGGUACCCUACCGCACUCAGGGCUGCUCUCGCCCUUCUUCACCUGCUACCCGCCGUACUGUGUGCUACGGCAAAAUCGGAACAACCCCCGAAAGAAUAGGGGCAAAGUUAAUAGCACUCUCUUCCCUUUCCGCAAUUUGGUUGGAGGGCUUCCUUCUUCAUCUUUUGGCCCGAGCAAAUUAUUGCUCUCCAGCCAAAAGUGGGUACACCAGUGUCAUUGUUACGUUGUUGUGAGCUGUUUUUGUUCGUUGGGAUUUUCAGGGGCGAGAGGAAAAACGGAGGCGUUGCCUUGAAAUUUGGAUUGACCAGGGUACCGGUACCACGACCCGUAGGCCAGAUCCCCCCAAAAGGCGCCGGAAGUCGGACAAAACUCCACGAACUCCCUUCUCUUAUCUCCUUUCCCUCUCUUUCCUCUCCUUUGCUGUCUCGAGAACUGGUUAACCGACCACCGCCCGCACCGCAUAACGCAUUAACUGCCGCAAUGCAGCUUCCACUACUCCCUCCGUCCUUAACGGCGAAGAAACCUCCCCCACAAUGGGACCCGUUUACCCCCAUGGUCACGGGCCUUUCCAAGAGUGCUUGUAUACAUCCCAUUCAUACAAUCGUCAUAAUAGCUCUUUUAGCUUCGACCACCUAUAUCUCGCUUCUCGAGGAUAGUUUGUUUGAGAGAAGCGGGAAGAAUUGGUUCGGAGGUGCAAAGAGAGGGGCACUUCUAGAUGGAAGUGUUCGAGUGGGCCUCGGUGAGGAGACUCAAUGGAAAUGGAAGGAGAUUGGAACUCGGGAUAUGGAAGAUAAGGUGUGUUUUUGUUGUUUCUAAUCUCAAACUUUAAUUGCCCUUUUGUUGAUUGAUUUUUUCAAACAAUGCAUAGUCCGUCACGGAACUGGCCCUUUUGACCCUUUCGUUCCCGAUAGGAUCAAAGUUUUCGGUGCCGGUACCCGCCAACAGCUCGGCAAUCCCUCUUCCCUCGGGUCUCUCGUCUUCUGUUUAUGCUAUUCCUCAUCCCGAGCUUAACGCCUUUGUUGACUCUGUUGCCGAAUUGCCCGCUGUCGACGGCCAUGAUGCUAGGGGUCGUCGCCGUUGGGUUCAAGUUGGGUUAGACCGUACAAAGAGGGGUUGGGCAGAGAAGAUUCAUGAAUCUGUAGAUGGCUUUAUCGAGCUUGUCAAGGUUAGCGAUUCGGGAUUCACGAGUUUUUUUAAUUUUUAAUUUUUAAUUUAUAAAUACUAAUAUGAGCUGUAGAGCGCGGAGCCACUUGAUAUUGCCAUCGUGUUCCUUGGAUAUCUGUCUAUGCACCUGACAUUUUUGUCAUUGUUCAUGUCUAUGCGACGUUUGGGAUCUAACUUCUGGUUGGCGACAACCGUACUCUUUUCUUCGACUUUUGCCUUCCUUUUUGCUUCUAUCGCUACUCACAAGAUGGGUGUUCCGAUCAACAUGAUUCUUCUUUCCGAAGGUCUUCCGUUUCUGGUUGUCACUAUCGGAUUUGAAAAACCCAUCAUCUUGACUAGAGCCGUUCUCGAGGCUUCACAGAAGAAGGCUAGACAAGCUGGUUCUCCGAAUGGGGCUCCCAUUCAGGCUGCUGUCGUGUCUGCUGUUCGGGAAAGGGGAUUCGAGAUUGUCCGUGAUUACAUAAUCGAGAUCAUUAUUCUCUCCAUCGGAGCUGCGUCCGGUGUGCAGGGUGGAUUACGACAGUUUUGUUUCUUGGCUGCAUGGAUCCUGGCUUUCGACUGUAUCCUUCUUUUCACCUUUUACACCGCCAUCCUCGUCAUCAAACUGGAGAUCAACAGAAUUAAGCGUCAUGUAGCUCUUCGCAAGGCACUUGAGGAAGAUGGCGUCAGCAGGAGGGUUGCCGAAAACGUGGCCAGAUCCAACGAAUGGCCCCGUAUUAAUAUGAACGAGGGAGAUGCGAAUGAUCGGGGGGACGCCACUGCCAAGGUGGGAGAUGUCGGGGUGUUCGGAGACCGUGUUCGGGAUUCAAGUGUUGGAAAGUUUAAGUUUAUGAUGGUCACUGGAUUCGUUCUGGUCAAUAUCUUCAAUCUAUGCACCCUUCCCUUCAGGGAUAACUCGAGCUCGACGGUAAUUGCUACGGAAAACCAGGCCGCCAAUGUUGAUGUUUGGGCCCUCGCGGGUGCAUCAUUGGACAGUUUGAGUUCCGACAAGGUGCCAAUGGUUAUUACUAUUUUGAAGCCCAUCGAAUACGAACUUCGGCGCUUGAGUGCGGAAGCCCUCCCCUCGGCGACUAGCAGUCGCGGUUAUGCCCCCAGCGAUGCCUUUGACGGGCCUGACCUCUUUGCCGAGGGAAUGGGUGGUAAGGUAGUUGAAAGCUUGCUGAGGAGCCUGGAGGACCCUGUCUUGAGUAAAUGGAUCUUUGUUGCGCUUGCGAUGAGCUUGGUUCUUAAUGGAUACCUGUUCAAUGCCGCGAGAUGGAGUGUCAAGGAGACCGGCCAUAAUCAGGAAUAUGAAAUCGGCACUACGGCCAAUGGUUCGGCCGACCAGGCUACGGCCCCCGCCGUCGUCGAGAGGAUUGUUCCUGUGAACUGCACUUGCGGCGGGGGAGCCGGAACCCGGCACAGCAUGGAGAACGGAUUGCACGUUGGACAGGAGGCUGGAAGCGAAGUGGGUAGAACGGUUGCUGAAUGUGAGGAAAUGCUUAGGGAAAAGCGCGCAAGAGAACUCAACGACGCAGAGCUUGUGGAAUUGUCUCUCCGCGGAAAGAUCCCCGGCUACGCCUUGGAGAAGACUCUUGCAGACACUGGUCGUGCGGUCCGCAUUCGGCGAUCCGUCGUUUCGAGAACACCGGCUACUAUGGACAAGACCAGCCUUUUAGAACGCUCUCUUCUCCCCCACGAGCAUUACGACUACGAUAGAGUUCUUGGCGCCUGCUGUGAAAACGUUAUUGGUUAUAUGCCUCUACCCGUUGGUAUCGCCGGCCCUUUGAACAUUGAUGGUGAAAUUUUCUAUCUACCCAUGGCUACAACUGAGGGUGUUUUGGUCGCUAGUACUUCCCGUGGAUGCAAGGCUAUCAAUGCCGGCGGCGGGGCUGUUACCGUCUUGACUGGUGAUGGAAUGACUAGAGGACCUGUCGUCGAAUUCCCAAGCGUUUGUAGAGCAGGUGCUGCCAAGAACUGGAUCGAUUCCGAGGAAGGACAAAGGAGACUCAAGAAGGCUUUUGACUCUACUUCUAGAUUUGCUAGACUUCAAAAUAUCAAGACUGCCCUCGCCGGAACCUAUCUUUUCAUCAGGUUCCGAACUACAACCGGUGAUGCUAUGGGUAUGAAUAUGAUUUCUAAGGGUGUCGAGUAUGCCCUGCACGUUAUGAGCACAGAGUGUGGAUUUGACGACAUGUUUAUUGUCUCUGUUUCCGGAAACUAUUGCACUGACAAGAAACCUGCUGCUAUCAACUGGAUUGAAGGACGCGGCAAGAGCAUCGUCGCCGAAGCUAUCAUCCCUGCCGCUGUUGUCAAGAGUGUCCUUAAGAGCAAUGUCGAUGCUUUGGUUGAGCUGAAUAUCUCGAAGAACUUGAUUGGUAGUGCGAUGGCUGGAAGCGUUGGCGGCUUCAACGCUCACGCUGCCAACAUUGUCACUGCUGUCUUCUUGGCUACUGGACAGGAUCCCGCACAGAACGUUGAAUCCUCCAACUGUAUCACUGUUAUGAAGAAGUAAGUCCCUACGCACGUCCCUUACUACUCGAUAUAUAGCCAACAUUUCUAUAGGACUGCUGAGGGCGCUCUCCAAAUAUCGGUCUCCAUGCCUUCGAUCGAGGUUGGUACCAUCGGCGGUGGGACCGUCCUCGAGCCCCAGGGUGCCAUGCUUGACCUUUUGGGCGUCCGCGGAGCCCAUCAGACGAGCCCUGGGGAGAAUGCUCGCAAACUCGCACGAAUAGUUGCUGCUGCGGUUUUGGCUGGAGAGCUCAGCUUGUGCUCAGCUCUCGCUGCGGGCCAUCUUGUGAAGAGCCAUAUGGCGCAUAACAGAAGUGCACCCACUUCCCGUGCUACUACUCCUAUGCCUGUUGAAAAGGCACCGCUUGCGGGACUAACUAUGACCACAAUGAGAUAGAAGUUUGAAACGCCCAUCAUGAAGCGAGCGAAGACGUUGGUGUAUUGCUAUAUUUUACCGGAUCAUCUGCACCAGGUCACGUUUCUUUCAUUUUCCGUUGUUUUCCAUACCAGAAAAAGUAGAGGGUUCAACCCGAGCUAGUUUUUUCUUCUUUUUUUUUUUUCGCUUCCCUAUCUUGAGCAUUCCUGCACUGCAUGUGCACAGGUUGUCGGUCCCUGCCAGGGGCACAGAUAUGGAAGUGGGGGUUAGGGAAUGGUGUUCUAUUUCUGCUGUAUAUGCUUUUUUUUUUUUUACACUUUUCUUGAUAGACGUGGACUAGUUGGGGUGUGUAAUAUUUAGGAGUGAGAGGUACUAGAAUAAUUUUGUCGGUGAGUGGAUCGUGAGCUAUGAGCUGUGGGGGGGAUUCUGGUGGCCUUGGAUAUGGAUUCAGCGACAUUACAGACAAACAAGGUUCUCAUGCGGGCAACCCUUUUAAAUACCAGCCUGUCUCAGAUUUUUCCUAUAGAAUACCAUCAAGGUUUCAGCCUUUCU